AAAAUUUUAUAUGAAACAAAUACAAGAUUUUAUUACUUAAUACGUUCAUUAAUAUCUUCGUGAUUUAAUGAGAUUCGCGGCUUUACCUGACAUCAUCAGAAGCGAGUUUUUGUUGUCUGACACACUCCUGAUAAACACAGAUAAACUACACAAAGGCGGUAGAUCGUGAAGGACAGUCAUGUCGGCUGAAGUGAUCAUCAAAGAUGUGGCUGUCCGCGGCCCCGGCGAUGGCAUGGAGACCUACAAGCCACCGGCGGCCCCUGAGCUGUCCGUGGAGGCUCCGCUCCUGAAGCUGGCCUCUCCGAAGCGCAGUCCGAGAGCCGCGGCGCCGGGAGUCUUACACCUGGGCAAGGUGAGCAGGGACGCCUGCACGGAGCUGGAGGCCGUGAGGAUCGUGGUUCCCCGCUCCGCCAUCAGCCGAAGCGCUCGCGCGGCGCCUCACGCUGAAGACCGAGGGUCCCCUCAGCACGGGGACGAGCGUCCUCCCUCACCGGAGCCGCUGGACUACAGGAGCGCCCUGGAGAAGCUGCAGAACUCGGAGCGCCGCCUGCUGCAGGAUAAAGAGGGCCUGUCCAACCAGCUGCGCGUCCAGACAGAGGUGAACCGAGAGCUGAAGAAGCUGCUGGUGGCGUCGGUGGGCGAUGACCUGCAGUAUCACUUUGAGCGACUCGCGCGAGAGAAGAACCACCUGAUCCUGGAGAACGAGGCUCUGGGGCGGAGCCUGACGCACACGGCCGAGCAGCUGGAGCGCAUGAGCAUUCAGUGCGACGUCUGGAGGAGCAAGUUCCUCGCCAGCCGCGUGAUGGCGGAGGAACUGACCAAUGCCAGAGCAGCUCUGCAGCGGCAGACGCGAGACGCUCAGUGUGCGAUUCAGGAUCUGCUGCGAGAAAGAGACGAGUUCUCCAGAGACAUGCUGCACACGCACAGGUCUCUGGAGCAGCUGCUGGUGUCUCUGCAGUGGGGUCGACAGCAGACGUAUUAUCCCAGCGCGCAGCCGCUCAGCACCGGAGAACUGGCCGCAGCCAAUCACAAGCUCGCAGACGCCAUCAACUCACACCUGCUGGGGAACGUGAGCGGCAGCGGCGGCCCGAAGAAGAGCCAGAACCAGAACCGGAUCCAGAACCAGAGCCGGAGCUCAGAGCUCUGCAACACGCCGGCCGAGAAGAUGGCCGAGAAGGUGCUGCGGAGUCUCGACCCCAUUUCCUGCUCUGAACAGGAAGUGGCCGCGUCCCCGUCUGACCCGUCUCAUUCCCCCUUCCUGCCCGGUAAGAAGAGCAUCGGCCGCUUCCACCCGUACACGCGCUACGAGAACAUCACCUUCAACUGCUGCGAGCGCUGCAGCGGCGAGCUCACGGUGCUCUGAUGGACACCAGACAAACCCUCGUAUCCUCAGCCAUCGCCGUCACUGGGUUUAUUUCACACCUGCAUGAUUGUAUUUCUUCACUCAGAUGUUCAGCAGUGAAAGUGACAAACUGACAAUGACAAAAUUCAUUUGAGUGGAUUAUUCUUCUGCAGAUUUUAAGAUGUAAACGUUGUGUGUGUUUAUGGCUCAGCGUGUCUGACGCAGUGCAGGAUGUGUUCAUGUGAUGCUGACUAACCGUGACUGUAUUUACACUGUUUCACACUUCAUCAAUAUGAAUCCAGGCGCAAGUGUUUCUGGACCAGAGUGGAUAAAAUCUUUGUUUUUAAAGCAUUUCUGUGAUAUUUUCUAUCAUUUCCCUUUACCAGAAUAAAUACUUUGGAGUGAAA